UUCUAUUCACCAGAAUAUUAGAGACAAAUACACCAUUAUUCAGUCCAGGACUUUUUAAACAAAAUGGCGGGAAAUGAUGUCUUCUCCAAAGAGGUUGAGGAACAUUUAACAGAAAUUAUACAGAAAACUCACCCCAAAGUUGAUCCCAGUGUAUGCUACCGAGAGUUCAUUGAGACAAUAACAACACCCCCUGCAUAUACUGUUGUGAGAGUGAACACGAUGAAACAAAGUAGAGAGGACACAAUGAAGCAAUUGCAAAGAGAACUAGAUAAACAAUGCCGAGAGAGGGAAAGAGAGCUAUCUAUUGUAGAACCCCAUCUGGUCCUGCCUGAUGCUUUGGUUGUUAAGCAUAGGAAACCAAACCAUGAAAUUCCAAAGCACCCCCUGGAAGUGAUUGUUGAUGUAUUCUGUGGUAUGUCUGUUAUGAGAGGAGCUGACAUCUAUUGUCAAGGAAUAAUGGGAGCGCCACCUAUUAUGAAACCUGGAGAUCUGGUAUCUGUAUUUGUCGACCUGGAUGGAAAGUGCUUGAAAGGAUUACCAAAGUCUUUUGAUGGUGCUCGAUAUUUUCUUGGCAAUGGAAAAGCAAUAGUUAGUCGCCAGGAUUUAUUUUGCUUUGAAGAUGAGGCUCCCGAUGGGGUUGGCAUCAAAAUGAUGGACACGAUUUAUGAGGCUCCAUCAUUGAACAACUUACUCCCACAGUUGAUAUUCGCUCAAAAUUUACCAUCCAUUGUGUGUUCUCAUGUGUUGGACCCAAAACCUGGUGAAUACAUCUUGGACAUGUGUGCUAGCCCUGGAGGUAAAACAACUCACUUAGGAACGUUGAUGAACAAUACAGGAAAAGUCAUUGCGUUUGACAAGGGACCAUCAAAAAUUGCUAAGAUUGAGUCAAAUGUGAAAAUGUGGGAUUUAACGAUUAUUGAGCCCUAUGCAUUUAAUGCAUGCAAUGCAUUUGACCCCACUGCUCCUCCCUCAGGACCCCCUCCCUACCCAGAGGCUACCUUCGACAAGGUCUUACUGGAUGGACCAUGUAGUGCUCUUGGGCAGCGACCUUUGCUCAAAAAUAAAUCAUCUUUGAAACAAAUCAAGUCCAAUCCUCCAUUACAGAAGAGGAUAUUUGACAAUGCUGUGAAACUCCUUAAACCAGGUGGUACUCUAGUGUACAGUACAUGUACUAUCACACUUGAGGAGAAUGAAGGGAUUGUAUGCUGGGCCCUGGAUAAGUAUCCAUGUCUCAGUCUUGAGGAUCAGUUUCCGCAUAUAGGUGGCUCUGGUCGCAAAGGGACCAAUUUGAAUGACACACAACUGGCGAAACUUCAAGUUUUUGACAUGUUUUCAAAAGAUGAGGGUUCCUAUGAUAAUGACACAAUUGGAUUCUUUAUUGCAAAGUUUAAGAAAAUUGUUUAGCAGUAAAUACAUAAAGUGCUCCUAAAAAUGAAAUAAAUAGUUUUUAUGUCACAACCAGAAGUGGUGACGUAUUGUUACAGUCUCCAACUUUUUGUGGAUGGUGUUGCAGUUGGUGUUCCAUGCUUGAUAUUCGGUGGUAUGUGUUUGGCAGUUGGUGUUUUGCAUUGAGCAUCUGUAACAAAUGGCAGGUGGUGACAUUUUGCAUGUUAAUACC